UUUGCUCGGCCAAAACACUGGGCCCACUGCUUCAAAGCAUGCCAACCUAAUUGCCAAUAGGUGGCCAAACGACAGGGGUUUGUGGCACCGCCAUGGUGGCUGCUGAAUUAACCCCACCAUCCAAACCGCCCUCCAACCCAAGACUUGACACCACCUGUAAUCGACAUCGAGGCGAGGUCGCAAAAACUUCCGAUUUUCUCUGCCGGCUUCCAAGCCGUGGACGCCCGUCAUGGUUCUUCAAGAUCUCGGUCGCCGCAUCAAUGCGGCCGUCAGUGACCUGACAAGAGCGCCAAAUCUUGACGAAAAGGCGUUCGAUUCCAUGCUCAAGGAGAUAUGCGCCGCACUUCUCGAAGCCGAUGUCAACGUGCGACUGGUCAACCAGCUACGCAAAUCGAUCCGCGCCACCGUCAACUUCAAAGAGCUACCGCCUGCUGUGAACAAGAAGCGCCUGAUCCAGAAAGCCGUCUUCGACGAACUCGUCCGCCUCGUCGAUCCACACGCAGAACCAUUCAAACCGAAGAAGGGAAAGUCCAAUGUCAUCAUGUUUGUCGGCCUGCAGGGCGCCGGCAAGACCACAACCUGCACAAAACUCGCCCGCCACUACCAGUCACGCGGCUUUCGUGCCUGUCUCGUGUGCGCCGAUACCUUCCGCGCUGGCGCCUUUGACCAACUGAAGCAGAACGCCACCAAGGCCAAAAUUCCCUACUAUGGCAGCCUGACCGAGACCGACCCUGCCGUCGUUGCGCGGGACGGUGUCGAGAAGUUCAAGAAGGAGCGGUUCGAGGUGAUCAUUGUCGACACAUCAGGCCGGCACAGGCAAGAGAGCGCGCUCUUCCAGGAGAUGGUGGACAUCCAAUCAGCCAUCCGGCCCGACGAGACAAUCAUGGUGCUGGAUUCCUCCAUCGGCCAGCAAGCCGAAGCGCAGGCCAAAGCCUUCAAAGAGGCAGCCGACUUUGGCGCCAUCAUCAUCACCAAGACCGACGGGCACGCCGCGGGCGGCGGAGCCAUCUCGGCCGUUGCCGCGACGCACACUCCCAUCGUCUUCAUCGGCACCGGCGAGCACAUGCUUGACCUCGAGCGGUUCGUCCCGCGGAACUUUAUCAGCAAGCUCCUCGGCAUGGGCGACAUGGCCGGGCUGGUGGAGCACGUGCAGAGCCUGAAACUCGACCAAAAGGAAACCAUCAAGCACAUCACCGAAGGCAUCUUCACCAUCCGCGACCUGCGCGACCAGCUACAAAACAUCAUGAAGAUGGGCCCGCUGAGCAAAAUGGCCGGCAUGAUCCCGGGGAUGAGCAACAUGAUGCAGGGCAUGGACGACGAGGAGGGCUCGCUCAAACUAAAGCGCAUGAUCUACAUCUGCGACAGCAUGACGGACAAGGAGCUUGAUAGCGACGGGAAGAUCUUUGUCGAGCAGCCGACCCGCAUGACGCGCGUGGCGAAGGGUUCAGGGACGACGGUGCGUGAGGUUGAGGAUUUGCUCACGCAGCAGCGCAUGAUGGCGGGCAUGGCGAAGAAGAUGGGGGGGAAUAUGAAGAAUAUGCAGCGCGCGCAGAGUGCCAUGGCGGGGGGGAACAAGGCACAGCAGCUUGCGGCUAUGCAGAAGAGGUUGCAGAGUAUGGGUGGUGCGGGAGGGGCGGGGGGGUUGCCGGAUAUGGGGAGUUUGAUGAAGAUGUUUGGUGGUGGUGGUGCUGGGGGUGCCGGGGGGUUGGGUGGGAUGGAUAUGAAUGCUAUGAUGAGGCAGAUGAGUGGUAUGAUGGGAGGGCAGGGACUCGGAGGCGGGCGUGGAGGGCGGAGAUGAUUCCAAGUUGGAUUUCUGGGGGUUUGCUGCGCGGUCGUUGUUGGUAACUUUUAUCCUAUGCAUUUGCAUUGUCCGGCGUUAAG